AUGUCAAGUAGGUCUGGAAAAACAGACAAGCACAUGUGGACACUCGAAGAGGAUGAAUUGUUAAUUCAAUCCAUGAUGGUGCUACAUGAUAAGGGAGAACUUAUAUCUGACAAUGGUUUAAGGCCACGUGUCUUAAACACUUUGAAGGACAUGCUUGAUGGUUUGAUACCUGAAAGUGGUAUUAAGGCCUAUCCCCAUAUUCAGUCAAGAGUCAAGAAGUUAAAAAUUAACUAUGGUGUGGUUUCUGACCUUCUCAAUUUAUCUGGUUUUGGUUGGGACCCUGAAAAGAAAUGUGUGACAGCUCCCAAGACUGUUUGGGAUGAAUAUGUGAAGGUAAACAAGAAAGCUGCUAAGUGGAGAAACAAGACUUUCCCCCAUUAUGAUGAGCUAUCCAAUAUCUUUGGGAAAGAUCGAGCAACUGGAAAGGAUGCUCAAACAUAUGAAGAUAUUGUUGAAGAGUUUCAUGAUCAACAUGGGUUUACUUCACCCAUAGAAGAUACUCCUACUGAGCACAUUCUAACUGAUUCUCAAAUGGAUGGAUCACAUGCGAACACUUCACCGCAAGAGAACUCUCCAACUGAGCUGUCCCCUUCUGAUGCAACUUUCGGUGCGAAAAAGAGGAAGCGAAACAGCACUGAAGCUCAACCUUCCAUGCUUGAAGGCAUGAAAAUGAUUGUUCAAACACUAACUAAUGGGUUGAAGGAGUCAUCUGAGCAUUUUGGCAUGCACCUUGAUAGAGUUGAACGUGAGAAACGUAUUGAUGGCAUGAGGUCGUCUCUCCUUGUUGAGUUGAAGAAGGUUGAAGGACUUUCCCACCAAGAACGUCUCAAGGCAUAUGUGAAGAUUAUUGGUGAUGAGAAUAUACUGAUUGGCUUUUAUUCCAUGCCUGAAGAGGACAAAGCUGAUGUGAUUCGUGAAAUAAUAGCAUAA